CCCCCAGCAGACCCAGCUUCCUCCACUUCAGUGAGCUGACCACCACGUCAGUCAACAUGUCGUGGGGAGAGCCAGGCCAGGCCAACGGCAUCAUCGAGGGCUACCGCCUGGUCUACGAGCCCUGCACACCUGUUGACGGUGUUAGUAAGAUAGUCACAGUGGACGUGAAGGGCAGCACCCCCCUGUGGAUGAAGAUUAAGGACCUGGCUGACGGGGUGACCUAUAACUUCAGGAUCCGGGCCAAGACCCUCACCUACGGGCCGGAGGUGGAGGCUAACAUCACUACUGGUCCAGGAGAAGGAGCCCCAGGCCCUCCAGGUGAACCCUUUAUCUCCCGGUACGGCACGGCCCUCACCCUACACUGGACCAGUGGAGACCCAGGCCGAGCUCCCAUUACACGCUACGUCAUUGAGGCCAGGCCCUCUGAUGAAGGACUGUGGGAUAUCCUCAUCAAAGACAUUCCAAAGGAAGUGACAUCAUACACACUGAACCUGGACAUGCUGAGAGAAGGGGUUACUUAUGACUUCCGGGUCAUUGGGGUCAACGACUACGGCUAUGGCUCCCCCAGUGCUCCUUCACCCUCUAUCUCUGCCCAGAAAGUCUCUCCCUUCUAUGAAGAGUGGUGGUUCCUGGUGGUCAUCGCUCUGGUGGGCCUAAUCUUCAUCCUCCUCCUCGUCUUCAUCCUCAUCAUCAGGGGCCAGAGUAAGAAGUACACCAAGAAGGCUGACUCAGGGAGCCACAGUAACAGCACCUCCCUGCCCCUGUCCCAUGGGGAGAUGGUCAGGCUGGACGAGGGCCGUUUCCCCGCCCUGGAACUCAACAACAGACGCCUGUCAGUCAAGAACUCCUUCUGCCGCAAGAACGGCAUCUACACACGGUCUCCCCCGAGGCCCAGUCCAGGCAGUCUACACUACUCUGAUGAAGAUGUCAGCACCAAAUAUAACGAUCUGAUCCCUGCAGAGAACAGCAGCCUGACUGAGAAGCACUCUGAGAUAUCAGACUCACAGGGCAGCGACAGCGAGUACGAGGUGGAUCAGAACCGGGGCGGGCAACAGAAGACACACUCCUUCGUCAACCACUACAUCAGUGACCCCACCUACUAUAACUCCUGGCGCCGCCAGGAGAAGGGCGUCUCUCGCCCCCCGGCCUACGGAUAUACACAGCCAGAGCCGCUGCACCCCCAACCCCUGGCUGAGCAAGAUCCCAUCCAGCCCACCACCAACACCACCCCGAGACAUCCUCCACCCCUGCCCCCACUACCCCCCCUGCUGCCCCGGGCCCUCUCUCCAUCCCCCCAGCCCCAGGGCCUCCAGGGGCUCCGUAGCCAAGGGGGUCUCAUCCAGGGUCUGGCACCCCAGGGUCAGGGCACACUAUUCAGGCCAAAGGGCAGCCGGACUCCCACUCCCUCGCUGCUGUCCUGUUCUGUGUCUGAACCCCCCAGCCAGCACGGGACCCUCCUGUACAGCAGUAGGCCUCCAAGCAGCUUGGGCUGUUCCUCCACGCAGCAGCCUCCUACCGCGGGCUUCUCCUCUUUCGUUUGAACCACGUUUAACACACUACUCCCAGUAGGAACAUACAGUGGGGCAAAAAAGUAUUUAGUCAGCCACCAAUUGUGCAAGUUCUCCCACUUAAAAAGAUGAGAGAGGCCUGUAAUUUUCAUCAUAGGUACACUUCAACUAUGACAGUCAAAAUGAGAAAUUUUCAGAUUUUUAAGAGGCUCCUCUGUCCUCCACUCGUUACCUGUAUUAAUGGCACCUGUUUGAACUUGUUAUCAGUAUAAAAGACACCUGUCCACAACCUCAAACAGUCACACUCCACAAUCCACUAUGGCCAAGACCAAAGAGCUGUCAAAGGACACCAGAAACAAAAUUGUAGACCUGCAGCAGGCUGAGAACCAGGCUGAGAAGACUGAAUCUGCAAUAGGUAGAAAUCAACUGUGGGAGCAAUUAUUAGGAAAUGGAAGACAUACAAGACCACUGAUAAUCUCCCUCGAUCUGGGGCUCCACGCAAGAUCUCACCCAGUGGGGUCAAAAUGAUCACAAGAACAGUGAGCAAAAAUCCCAGAACCACACGGGGGGACCUAGUGAAUGACCUGCAGAGAGCUGGGACCAAAGUAACAAAGCCUAUCAUCAGUAACACAUUACGCCGCCAGGGACUCAAAUCCUGCAGUGCCAGACGUGUACCCCUGCUUAAGCCAGUACAUGUCCAGGCCCGUCUGAAGUUUGCUAGAGAGCAUUUGAAUGAUCCAGAAGAAGAUUGGGAAUGUCAUAUGGUCAGAUGAAACCAAAAUAUAAAUUUUGGUAAAAACUCAACUCGUCGUGUUUGGAGGACAAAGAAUGCUGAGUUGCAUCCAAAGAACACCACACCUACUGUGAAGCAUGGUGGUGGAAACAUCAUGCUUUGGGGCUGUUUUUCUGCAAAGGGACCAGGACGACUGAUCCAUGUAAAGGAAAGAAUGAAUGGGGCCAUGUAUCGUGACAUUUUGAGUGAAAACCUCCUUCCAUCAGCGAGGGCAUUGAAGAUGAAAUGUGGCUGGGUCUUUCAACACAAUGCCUGGGCAACGAAGGAGUGGCUUCGUAAGAAGCAUUUCAAGGUCCUGGAGUGGCCUAGCCAGAUCUCAACCCCAUAGAAAAUCUUUGGAGGGAGUUGAAAGUCCGUGUUGCCCAGCAACAGCCCCAAAACAUCACUGCUCUAGAGGAGAUCUGCAUGGAGGAAUGGGCCAAAAUACCAGCAACAGUGUGUGAAAACCUUGUGAAGAGUUACAGAAAACAUUUGACCUCUGUCAUUGCCAACAAAGGGUAUUUAACAAGUAUUGAGAUAAACUUUUGUUAUUGACCAAAUACUUAUUUUCCACCAUAAUUUGCAAAUUUUCUCAUUUUGUCUGUCAUAGUUGAAGUGUACCUAUGAUGAAAAUGACAGGGCUCUCUCAUCUUUUUAAGUGGGAGAACUUGCACAAUUGGUGGCUGACUAAAUACUUUUUAGCCCUCAUUCACACUAUAGAGCUGACCCUGAGCCCUACUGGGCUAGCUAGCCCUCAUUCACACUAUAGAGCUGACCCUGAGCCCUACUGGGCUAGCUAGCCCUCAUUCACACUAUAGAGCUGACCCUGAGCCCUACUGUGCUAGCUAGCCCUCAUUCACACUAUAGAGCUGACCCUGAGCCCUACUGGGCUAGCUAGCCCUCAUUCACACUAUAGGGCUGACCCUGAGCCCUACUGGGCUAGCUAGCCCUCAUUCACACUAUAGAGCUGACCCUGAGCCCUACUGGGCUAGCUAGCCCUCAUUCACACUAUAGAGCUGACCCUGAGCCCUACUGGGCUAGCUAGCCCUCAUUCACACUAUAGAGCUGACCCUGAGCCCUACUGGGCUAGCUAGCCCUCAUUCACACUAUAGGGCUGACCCUGAGCCCUACUGGGCUAGCCAGCCCUCAUUCACACUAUAGGGCUGACCCUGAGCCCUACUGGGCUAGCUAGCCCUCAUUCACACUAUAGGGCUGACCCUGAGCCCUACUGGGCUAGCUAGCCCUCAUUCACACUAUAGGGCUGACCCUGAGCCCUACUGGGCUAGCUAGCCCUCAUUCACACUAUAGGGCUGACCCUGAGCCCUACUGGGCUAGCUAGCCCUCAUUCACACUAUAGGGCUGACCCUGAGCCCUACUGGGCUAGCUAGCCCUCAUUCACACUAUAGGGCUGACCCUGAGCCCUACUGGGCUAGCUAGCCCUCAUUCACACUAUAGGGCUGACCCUGAGCCCUACUGGGCUAGCUAGCCCUCAUUCACACUAUAGGGCUGACCCUGAGCCCUACUGUGCUGGCUUGGAUAGUUUAUUUUCACAUGAUCCUGUCCAGCACGGUUCCAUCUACUAUAUUGGAUGUGUAACCUGGCCAGCGCCGUACAGCUCGCUUUGGUUCAUAGUGAAAAGGGGAAUAUUUUGUUGUAUUUGGUUCUACUCACGUUUACAUUUUUUUCUGCUUGUUUCUUACGAUAUUUAAAGGUGUUCUCUCGAUAUUAUAGUAAACAUUACAGGCAUCUUGGAUAGUAUUUUCGCUCGUGUGUGUGUGUGUGUGUGUGUGUGUGUGUGUGUGUGUGUGUGUGUGUGUGUGUGUGUGUGUGUGCGUGUGCGUGUGCGUGUACGUGUGCGUGCGUGUGUGUGUGUGCGUGUGCGUCUAUGAGUGAGCAAGAGAAAGAGAGAGCGAGAGAGAGAGAGUUAAAUUUCUUUUUAAAAAGACAAUCAUUCAGAAUGUUUCUGAUGCUUGGCACAUUAAUAAUAGUAUUUUACACGACAGCCACGACACGUGAACCAGGAUAUGAGUAUUGAAGUCUUUAUGAACAAGAGAGCAGGACCACGCCACAAAGGAUCAGCGGACUGUGUCCUACAGAGAAUAACACAGGGAAAAACACUCCAUGUGGGCUGGAAAUAUGAACCAGGGACGAACGUAAGAGACAACUGUUACAGGACAAAUAACUUCUGGUUCCACGACAGUCAAUCAGCUACAACGGCUUCAACACCUUCCAUGUUCUCCUCACUUAAACCCAAAACAUUGUUGCUAUUUUAUAUGUACAUAUGUGAUAUGUAUUUUGUCUUCAUUUUGUUGAACCGAUAUUUAUUUCUUAAUGGUAUCUAUAUCAAUCACUUCUGUAAUGGUAAUGUUAUCAAUCUCAUUUUUUUUUUUAAAGUAUUGCGUAAUGUAAUCUGUCUGCUUACAGCUACGGCUACAUUCCUCUGCAACUGCAGAACGUUGAAUGUGGUUUUUCAACACUUUACAAUAUGGAUUUCGGCUUUAAUUCCACGUCAACAUGCAGAUAAAUACCCCCAUUUGUUGUAUUGUAAUAUUCAUUUUGACCCAAGUAUGAUGGGACAUUUCUAACGGGAUGGAAACGUUUGGAAGAAGGUCCCUGAUCACAUCCAAGGUUCAUCGGAACACCUUGAUCACCUGUGUUGUUGUGCUGAAACUCAAGUAUGAUGGGACAUUUCUAACGGGAUGGAAACGUUUGGAAGAAGGUCCCUGAUCACAUCCAAGGUUCAUCGGAACACCUUGAUCACCUGUGUUGUUGUGCUGAAACUCACUGUACACAUCAUAACCACGUGAUCGU